AUGUUUUAUGUUGUCUCAAUUAUCAGGAUCAGUUAUUUCAUAUAUCUCCAAGCUCUUAAGAGGUGUCUUCCUUGUACUCAGACGAAUUUGGAGUAUCAACUCACACGAUUGAUAGUAUUCACAUCCCUUAUGCGGAAAAACCCACCUCGAACAAAAAUGGAGCCCACGGCUCCAAAAGUUCAAAGUCGAUAUCUCAACGGUCCAUCAGUUUCUUGCCAUGAUCACUGCAAAGGUGCCACUAAAGAACCAACCGAAACAAAGCCCAUAAAUUUGUUUCCCAGAAGAAUUCCAAGAGCCUCUCUGGAUAGAACAAAGCUGGAAGCAUCGAAUUCCGUAAACAGGAUUAAGAAAUCACCUUCGAUUGUUCCCAAGAUCACAUCACGCAAUGUCAAGAACAAUAUUGUUGUUAAGGAUGCAAAUGUAAAGAAAGAUGGCUUAACAUUAUCAACCAAGAAAGGCGAUGCCAUUGAACCAAAGAGUCGAGAUAUGAAGCCAAAGUCUGAGAAUUCGCAAGCCAAGAAAUACAUUCCUCCACAGUCAAAAACAUCUAGAAGAAGACAUAGUGACAUCUUUCUACCGAAUGAUGAUAUGCCGCUCUCAUCUUCAAGAGUUCCUAAAAGACGACUCAGUGAAUUCGGUAUACAACCUAAGAAAGAUGUUGUAUCAGGUUCUAAUACGUCUUUGGUUCGAGGUUCAAGAUUCAGCAAGAACGAACAAAGAAAAGAUUCAAAAGUCUCGGUGAAUAAGAAACCUAAUUCUACAAACCCUACAGUUUCCAGCCCAAAAAGAGGUGCGAGGGUGCCGUUGUUGAGAAGCUAUAAAAGUCUCCCUCAAUCGGAGCUUAAAAGUCCAAGAAAGUCAAAGCCUAGGAAACCUACUGAAGAAGUUGUUCCAGAAAAGACAUUGCAUGUCGUGGAGCCCAACAACGAUGUUGAAAUUACUGAAACCCUAGUGGAUGUCGUCGUGCCCAACGAUGUUGUUGAAAUUAAUAAAACCGAAUGUACUACUACACCUUCAGAUUCUUCUCCAAGCUCCGAGGAGAAAGUCAUGACACAUGAUCAUAACGUGAUGCAAGUCAUAGAGCCCAACAACGACGUUGAAACUGCUGAAAGCCUGUUGCAUGUCGUUGAGCCCAACGAUGCUGUUGAAACUAAUAAAACCGAAAGUACUACUACGCAUGAUUCUUCUCCAAGUUUCGAGGAGAAUGUCGUGACACAUGAUAAUAACGGGAUAGAAGAAUGUUCAGCACUGAAGGAAGAUGAUUUUACAGCAGUGGAUGAUCAACAUAAUGAAAGCAUAGUGGAUACAGAAGUCAAUGAUGCAAAAGAGGCCAUACGGGUUGGAAAGUUGGUGGUGGAAACUACAGAUUGUUCUCUUGAAGGCCUAGAAUUCAUAAGAGGAAGGGUGCUAACUAGUCCUUUAUCCGAGGGUAGCAGUCCAAGAAAUCUGCAGUUCAGGCAAGGAAACGAGUUGGAUGAUAACGAAACUGAGAAGGUUGAGAAGAUAAUUUUGAGGAGAAUGUCAACUGAUGGCGUGAUACAUAUACCUGAAAGUCAUUCAGUUAGUGUUGAUCUUAAACACCAAGAAAUAGAAGAAAAGGAAAGUCCUACAUUGUCCAACAAAGUUAUUGAAGAGACUGCUAACAAACUUAUUCAGACAAGGCAGAGCAAAGUCAGAGCUCUAGUGGGUGCUUUUGAAAAAGUCGUUUCCGGUAGCAACCAGACACCUUAGGUUAGCAGAAGUACUAAACUGUUAUGGUAUAUUUGGAACUUUGAUCGAAUGAAACCACUUGUGAGAACACAUCAAGCAGGACUUGAAUGAGCUCUCUUUGUCAAUAGCAACAUAGCCAAAUUCUGAAAAUUGAUAUUGCCAAGAUUACAUUAUUAGUACAAUGUUAGGAAGCUCCUAUUGUCCCAUCCAGCCUGACAUCUCCUUUUUCAUAACUUGCUUAGAAGCAUGACAAUAUGGCAGAAUCUUAUAUGCCAAACUUUACAGAUCUUAUUAUGAAAUGAUCUCUUAAAAAGAAAUUGAUUGACAAUGGAGGUGGACGCCAAACAAUUCAAGAAUACCUAGAAGACACGAAACAAGUUGUUGAAAAUCUUGUACUAGUCAGGGACCCCAUAGAUGAUGAAGAUGAAGUUGUAUUUGUGCUUCAUAACAUAGUAGAUGAAUUCAAAUAUAUGGUAGCUUCUAUUCAAGGCAAUAUAUUACCC